AUGCCGGCAAGCAUGCAUGACGUGCCGACGUCAUCCACAAAUGGUCUUCAACGCAAACACCCAUCAGACCAUGCUGAACACGCAGCCAAUGUUAAAACGGAUUUUCUGUGUCGCGUCAAGUACAGUAACACUCUUCCUGAUAUUCCGUUCGAAGCCAAGUUUCUUCCGUGCCCGUUCACAUCUUUGAGCAGAUUCAUCGAAUACAAACAAACAGCGUUAGAGAAGAACUUUAAAUUCGAGUUAUUAACCGAAUCGGAUUUGGGUGUUAAAAUCGAUUUGAUCAAUCCAGAAACAUAUUUCGUCGAUACUGACUCACCCAAAAAACCGCAGCUUCAUCCCACAGAUGCUGAACUUCUGGAAGAUGAACAAACAAAUCCACAGAAUUCACGAAGGUUGGUUUCAUUUUCUUGA